AUGGCAGCAACCCAACGACACCAUGACGAAUGGUUUGAUGCGAACUUUAUCGACCAUAGACGUAGUGGUUCCUUCGGCCAUUCCACGUCAGUCGCGGACACUUUUCGUGCCGUCCACGACACGUUUGAGCAUGAGAAUAAAGUCGCCCGCGAAGAACGCGACCUCAACUUCAACGACAACGUGGCAAGUAACGCGGACAACUUUGACGGAAUGGAUUACCAGACAGCCGACGACGACGGAUUGAGCUCCGACAACAUAACAGCGUACAUCAGUGUGUUAACCAAUUCGAGAAAUUACUUCUCGCGUGUCCCCGACCAGCACUGCCAGGGCGUGCAUAUCUCCGAUCGAGUACUCGACGGAAGCAAAGCCAUCAGGCGUCUACUGAGGACGUUUUCGGGGCGAAACGUGUCAAAGCACGACAAAAGCCCCAUAAAAACCAUGCCAUUGGUGGAGCACACCAAUUUGAAGGAGUUGCUAGUGGGCACCCUGACGGUUGCCUAUUUGAGCGACUUUGUGGAGUAUUUGCUUGGUAGUGCUGGUGUAAGUGGGUUGUGUGAUCCAUUGUGGGCCGACUUUGUGUACGAUUUGUCCUGUACCUCUGUGGUCCCUGGAUGA